CUAUUCCUCUUUCGAAUCUAGCCGCCAAGAGCAACGCAACAAUUUUAUAUUUCUCUUAUAUUUAGUCUUUAAUUUGUCAUAAUAAUAUAAAAGACAAAUAAAUAUCUCAAAAUAAUAAAUACAGUCCACGCUUAUUUACCACAACGCAACAGCUAUAAAACAAAAGAUAACUGAUACAACAACAUGCCGAUAUAGUUUAAAUAAUUAGAUUUAAAAACUACUGAAUAAUAACCAACAAAAAAAACAAGUGGAAAACUAAAGAUAAAGUCAUACUUCGCGGCACAAUCAAACAAGCUAAAAAUAAACUCUUCGACGCCGAAUGUCAUGCCGUGAAGGCUUACAGAAGUACGACACGUAGUACUUAUGAAGCGAAAACUAUGCACCCCGCCCUUUAACUGUGACGAUAUGGAAGAGCUAAAUGUUACAGCUCUAUCGCGGCGGAAGGAAUCCGCGGCUCCGCUGACAGGAGAAAGAGAAGGAACAUUCUUCCAUCAAUCAACAACCUACCCUUUCGCUUUAGUACUAAGACUAAGGGUGUUGCAGAUAGUAUGUGGAAUUUCAGCUAUGGUGAUGGGCAGCGUAGCUUUCAUAGAAGAGAGGCAAAAGUUCAAUAUGGGUCUCGGAAUACCGGCUGGCGGCCUUAGUGUGUUAGCAGCAGCGGUCUCUAUCCACACAUCGCGAGGUUGGAGCACUGUGUCGGGAGUGGCGGGCGCAGGAGCGGGAGCGGCCAGCGUUUUGUGGGCCGCAGCCACGUGCUUACUCCUUGCACUUAUCGUACAAUGCUGCAGAACUAUCCUGGAUCCACCCGGAGUUAAUCAUAGCGACGGACCACAAGAAGAGGAAUCGCAACCCUCGUCACGCGAUUUGGUCGUGAUCGCUUGCGUUCAAAUAGCCCUGGCAUUAGCCACUUUACUCAGUGCGGCAGUCUGCGCUCGGAUAGACUGUGGCUCAUGACGGGAACCACAGCGCUCGCUCACGCGACGCCGCGUAAGUGAAGCCCCGCUACCCGCCACCGCUUCCGCUUCAGCCGAACAUAACGUGUCGGCACCCGACGACAGAGCUAUCGAACGAGAGAAAGGAGGACGCGUUGCCUGGCUGAUUUAAUUAUAAACUAAACGAUAUCAUUAGUUGUUAAUUUUAGUAUAGAAUGAAUAAAAUGUUCUAGAUUUUUUCUUAUCUCUAACUAUUAAUUCGGUAUUUAUUUAAUAAAUUAAAAUUUUACUAGUUUAUAUAAAUGUUUUAAUAUAAAGAAAACAUUCGUUGCAAAGUACAUACAAGUGUAAAAUAUUACUUUGGAAGUCUUAAAUACGUAUCUGUAAUUAAUUAAGCAAAUUUAUGACACUUACCAAAAUAAUAAAAGUGUAAGUAGAAUCUUACCCAACUAGAAAUAUCAAUGGAUGUUUAAAUAAGUUUUCUAAAUAAAUUUUCAUUUAGUAAGAGUA